AUGGCGCAGACGAGUGUAGAUCAAGGUCUAACCGAACCCACCCAACGGCACCCGGACAUUCGGAUCCGUCAAGCCCGGGUGGAAGAGGAUGAUGUUCUAUCAAGAAUCUUGUGCAAUGCCUUUCUUCCAGUCUGGAACCACAACUGGUUCCAUGGUAUAUCGAAACCACUCGAACCAGUCCAAAUUGGCACUGUCAACGGCCCCACGCCGCCAAUGACUAGACGCCAGAAGACCAGAGUCCGAUUCUAUCGAAGUCUAGUCAAGCUGACCCGAUAUCUGGCCGGCGACUCCAACGUCCUGGUUGCGGAUGUGCCCGCCUCGGACGCAAACAGCAAGCCGGGAGCAAGGGACAUCGGAGCCAUAAUACUCUGGUCCCCACCUGGAAAGCGCAUCAAAUGGUAUGACACUUUGAACCUCGUGAGGUCUGGGAACCUCGCUUUGAUCCUGCCAUGGCACUACGGCCCAAGCGGAUUCUGGCGCAUCGAAAUGAUCUACGAAGCCAAUGUGUUCUCGAUGUUCAAAAAGACCUUGCCCGAUCUCCCUCCAUCCGGCUUCAAGGAGCCCCAAUGCGGAUUCAUCCAGAUGCUCGCCACCAACCCCAAAUAUCUGGGCAAUGGCUAUGCGUCGUUGGUGUUGAAACACCGGAUGGACCAGCAUUUUGUCGAAUUCCCCGACCGGCCUGUCAUUCUCGAUACGACCACAGAACAGGCUAUCCGUGCUUAUACGAAGCUAGGGUUCAAGAUUCUGGCUCAGAUGCCUGUCGACACGGGCACGGAUGAACUAGGUAUCUGGCUGAGCAAAUCGGCAAGUGAAGAGGUUAGACGGAAGGGUAGGGAGACGUGCAUCCAGACGGUCAUGGUUAAAAUGCCGCCUCAAAGUCAAUGA